AGGACGCUCUUUUACUUUUGCAUCUGCCUAGAUCAAUCUUGCGACUCACUUCCAACCAUUUCUGCAGGGCGCAGUAGUUAUUUUCAAUCUCUGUAGCUAGUAGUUUUCCCGCAAGAUAAGUAACCCUUAGGUUUUCCGCCCACCAGAUUCAGACGGCGUUGUUUUCUUGUGUUUCUUCGACCAGGGUCGUGAAGAAGAAGAUGGUAGCAUCUACCGACGAGCGUUCUUGUUAUCAAAUGCAAAAAUGUCGGGGUCUGGAUCUGGAAGGAUGCAAGUUUGUCAUGCUUGUCUGGCAUGACUCGAAAAUCUGUGUUGCAUAGGCGCGAAAAAUAAGCCCUCUUACCUGUCAUACAAAAACGCAGUUUGCCAUGCGGAAUAUGUACGACAUGAUUGCAGCCAAAAAAUUUGUCACGCAUAGCUGCGUAUUGCAGUGCGUCGAUCAUUCACUUUUAGCAUUAACCCAGACCACAUAUUUGCAAUCCAUACUUGCCCCGCACAACAAGCGGAACAAACCAAGCCCGGAAGUGCGGCGGACCCGAAAAGUCUGCCCAAGAACGAGGACCUGGAGCAAACUACCGAUCUGUUGCAAGACAGUCCCCCGGGCUCCUGCGAGAUCUCCGCCUCGCCGCGCCACGUCGAGGGGGAAAUGCAGGCCAGCCCUGAGUCGACGUAUUCAUCUGCGGGGCACGAGGAGAAAGAAGAGAUUGAAGGUGGCACCACCAGCCCGGCGGCCAAGAAGCGCAAGAUGCAGGCCGCUACAGCGGAGGAGGAGUGUAGUACAACUACGAAGAGUCCGAAGGAACUAUCAAAUGCAAAAAUGUCUGGGUCUGGAAAUAACUUGUGUUGCUGAUACUUGCAUUGCAAACUUGCUGCUUGUACGGCAUAGCAGCAUGAGAAAGUUCCCUCGGCAUUCCUUGGGGAUUUCAUUCGUAUUUAGCAUGACAAACUACCAUAUCCAGCAAGACAAAAAAACUGGCCAAUGGUAUUCAUGCAUUACAGAUCUUGUUGUCCUUGAAGUCCUGCAUCACAAAUCCAGGCCCAGACAUAUUUGCAUUUGAUAGGAACUGAUGGGGACGUAUUUUCAGACGAAGCUGAAAGGGCCGGUAUGAAUUGCAAAAGUAUCGUACAACUCGUAGUUAUAAUUGCAGUCAUGCAUUGCAAACUCUUUUCUCAAAGGUAAAUGUGCAUUAGAAAUUUUAUUUCGUAUGCUGAGGAAAUUUGUAAUGCCUUUAUACGAGUACGAUAGGAUCGAUACUUUUGCAAUCCAUAACCGGAUAACUUCUACCAUCUGGGUUUGGAUCAAGCAGAUUCAAGGCUCAAGGGGCUGUUUGGCAACGUUCGCAUGAUCCUGAUGAUGGGGUCGGCUGACCGGGCGAAGAAGCUGGCGGAAAAGAUCGACGUGAACUUCCCGAUUCCGGAAGACCAGUUGGAUUCUACCGUCCACGGCAUCACCACUUCGAAGAAAGACGCUGAAACGAAGGAACGCUCCGUGGAAGACCUGUCGCGGGCGAAGGAUAUCAAAAGGAAAAAUCCUCCCUCCCCAUAUUAAAGCCAUGUCCUUCCGAAAAUUUGUGAUGCAGAUUUGUGACCACAAAUCCUGUCUGUCUUGCCAGAAGACAAAUCUAAAGAGUCCGCCGCGAUAUGCAGGCGGUUUGUAAUGCUGCAAGGCCUACAGGGCAGACGUCUGCCAUGCUGGGUUCCUACACCAAAAGGCACCCCCUCACGCUUGCGAUCUGCGUGCAGUGCUUUCCUGCAAGACAGGCGUGAUUUGUGUACACAAAUCCCGCAUCACAGAUUUCUGUUUUGAUAUGGGGAGGGGGGAUUUUUCAUUUUGAUAAAGGACCGCGGGAGUUUGUUUGUCACGGGCUACUGCCCUAUCAAGUGCAAAAGUGUCUGGGUCUGGAAGAUUGCCAGGUUUGUUAUGCAUAUUUUGCAUACUUCAUGGUCAUGGUGCCUGUAAUGCAUGACCUAGCAUCUUCACAGAUUUUUAACUCGCCUUCUGAUGGUGCGUAUUCCGCAUUAGAAACGCCCACUCCGCGUAGCACAAACUGCACUCCUCUGGCGAGAUCAAGCCUGAGGCUUUGUUCGUAAAGGGGGUGACUGUGGUUGAGGGGUAAAAAAGGUCAUGCAAUACAGAUUUUUUUUUACCUUCCAAAGACAGCAUCACAAGUUGCAACCUUCCAGACCUCCAGACACUUUUGCAUUUGAUAUGCCCCACCGAGCAGAAGAAGAAUUGCGUUUUGAUCUUCUCUCACGGGAUGGGGAAUGCGAGCACCAGCAUUUUUAUCCCACGAAAAAUUGUUUCACUGUGAUGAUUUUGCAAGAUUUGGAUCACAAGUUUUUUACACAUGACAAAGAAAACUUGGCAUGCGUGCGUCCUAAGGGAAAACACAGCUAAAAAUCCAAUGUCUUGCGUGUGUAGCAAGACAAACACAUUUGUGUUCCGCUCUAUGCAUCACAAGUUUACAGUGAAACAGUUUUUUCUUGCGAUAAUUUUUUUGAACGAAAUUACCAAGCUUCUGUUCUGGAGCGGCUGCGAGAUGAAGAAGCUGGAAGCGCUGCGGAUCGGCAUAUGACGGUGCACAACUCUUCCUCCCCUGCAGUUGCCCUGCAGUUGUCAUGCAAAACCCCAAAUCCAGUCGCUUUCCUCCUGUGGCACUGUUUGCGUGACAAAUUUCGAAAGGAGCCCAAACAGCACUACAGUAAGUACGUAAAUUUGUAAUGCACAAUGUCCACGGUGGUCGCAUCGCUGGCGUUUGUAUAAUUGUUGUUCAUGCAAUACAAAUGAGGGGGAGGGGGGUUGUGCACUGUCAUGCGGCACUUGCGGUGGACUGAAUGUGCCCGAGGGCACGGUGUGCAUCACGGAGCGUAUCACGAGAAAAAAGCGUUACAGUUACACAUUGUGUUGCAAGCCCAGCAUGACAGACAACCUCUGUUAUGCCAGAAAUGUAUGCUCCUUCAUCCGAGCUUCAUUUCAUGCGUGUUUUCCCUUAUGCCCUGUGCAUUGCAAGUUUUCCCUCUCAUGCAAGGAAGAUUUGUGUUGCUGAAUUGACAACAGAUGUGUAGUCACUGUAACACUUUUUUCAUCGGAUAGAGCGAGCGAUGGACGGACAAGAGGAAUGGGGUUACGAGUUCACUUAUGCACUACAAACAUACGUUUGGAAGAUUCAAACCUGUGAUGCAGAUUCUGGAACAGACAAAAAUCUGUAUUGCGGAGCCAGCAGAAGAUGCGCGAAUCUUGUCUCCAGCAGAAGGCAUGUCGCAUGCAGACCAGGCAUCAUGGAGAAAUAACCUCCGGAGAGUUUGUCAUGCUCUGCGCGUAUUCAAGACCUUUUUUCAGAUGCAAAAACUGCAUGACAAUUUGUCGCAGCCCCAGACAUGUUUGAAGUGCAUAUCACUGCCUUCGGGCAGAAGUUCCGCGAUCCGGCUGACGCGGACAACAAGAUGGUGGCGGAGCUGACGAAAAUCGGGAAGGACAUGCCGUUAUCCACUGCAAAAGUAUCGUACUAGUAGAAAUCGCAUGCCAAGUUCCUCAGCAUGAGGAAUGACAUCUGUAAUGCGGAUUUGACUUAACCGAAAUAAAAUUUGUAAAUGCAUAAAUGCGAUUAGUACCAGUGCGAUACUUUUGCAGUUCAUAACCCUUUCCCUGCACCGUGGGCAACACCAUGACGACCGAUGAUUACUACCUCGGCCAGGGUCGCUUAGACGGUGCUUUGCUGCCCCCCGGUCAUUUCAACCUCUCGUCUGGAGGCGGACGCGGAGGUACCAGCCCAGGCGAUUAUCAAAUGCAAAAGCAUCGUACUAGUAGUAACCGCAUUUACAAAUUUGCUAAGCAUGACAGAAGGAAUUUCUCAUGCUGAUUUACCUUGAGAAAGAGAUUUGUCAUGCAUAAGUGCGAUUACUACGAGUGCGAUACUUUUGCACAGGAUAGCGAUGGUGCAGCAGCGAUGAAUACUAGCGAGAUGAACCUCAUCGACGAAAAACAGCAGAAGGAGUGGUUCGUGAAGCUGCACGAAAAACACGGAAUCGUGAAUAUGGAGAUGGAAGCCACGGGCAUCUUAGCGUUUUUCCAGCGCUUGAAGAUUCCCGCCGCGGUCAUCGCAGUUGCGUUGCUGAAUCGGUACAACGGUGACCAUAUCAAAUGCAAAAAUGUCUGGGUCUGGAAGAUUCUGAGGCUUGUCAUGCAUGUUUCACAUGACCCAGGAUGUCUGUAAUGCACGACCUAGCAUCACAGAUUUUUAGAGGGCUUACUGCUGCCUACUCCGCAUGACAAACACCCUCCCCGCGUAGCAAAAACUACACUGCUCUUGCUAGCCAUGCAAUACAGACGUUUUUAGAGUCCAAAGUUCGCAUCACAAGUUCCAGACCCAGACAUUUUUGCAUUUGAUAGACCAGCACAAGGUUUCCCGGGAGCAGAUCAAGGCGUACUCGGAGCGGCACUUGGUAUCCAAGAAAAAAACGUUGUUAGUAUAACUUUGUGAUGCGCAACAUGCAAAAUGAUUGCGUCUGUCAUGCUUGGCAUGCGUCGUAGGCUCCAUUAAAGGGCGUUAUCACGUACUAUCUGCGCAUGACAGGUUUUUGCUGUCAUGCGAGAGAUAUUUGUGAUGCUAAUCCUCCAAGAAAGUUACAGCUACAAUGUUUUUUUCUUGGAUACUUGGCCCUGGCCAUGCAGUACCUGCACCAGCGCACCUAUGGAUGUGUCAGAGUUGAAAUCGACAAAGUGGAAAUAAUUUGCCAUGCAUAAAAUGCGACACAAAGAAUGACUCUAUUGCUGAAGGCGCAAGGGAGGCAGAUUCUAGUGCUGGUAAGGGUCAAGAAUUGGGCUGCUGACUAGCAUGACAGAGAGCAGCCAUCUUGCACUAAACAGCAUGACAGACUUGCUUCAGAGGCUAGGAAAAUUUGUCAUGCGCCGAUUGGAAACUGUGGGUCCAACUGGUAUAGAUUUUAUGCAUCACAAAUUAUUUCAACUUUGUUAAUUUCAAUCCUGACAGUUCCAUAGCACCUUUGCGGUGUUGAAAUGAUUGAAGCUGCAAUUUGAAGAUAAUAGAUACUUCCACCAAGCGUGAUAUUUUUUUUUCUUUGUGAGCCAAGGGGAAUUCGAAUUUUUCAUUCCAUACGCAAACUUCAAUACAUUGGUUAUACGAACUGAAUCUUAUCAAACACUACAAGAAGUAGUAGAAAAGGUGGGAGGAGCUGCACGGUGAGAACGGAAACUAGUAUUUCCUUACGACCCACCGACCAGAGAGUUGUGGAUGAAUCUAGGCGCAAUGAAAGACUUCUGUUGCGGCUGAUGAAAUGCAAGAACAAGUCCGAUGUUGCUGAAAGACAACGCGAUCUUUUUUAUCUUCUAUUUUUCUGUUUGUGGAGGACGAUCAUAUUUGAUUCACUUAUUUCUUUUCAUUUGAUUCUGUUUACAACAACCGAGGAUGUUGACGCUCCAAAUCCGAACACGCCCUAGAUAAAGAAAAGACGAAGGAAGCACGUGGUGACGAUAGAUAAAGCGACAUUUUGAAUGAUGCAAAGCUCGACUUUGUCGUGCACAAAGCAACUGUCUUUUUUG